CUCUAGUCGGUCUGCCUGAUGGGCUGCCCCUUUCUCCUUUGGACCGUGCAGAGCGGCGUCGCCGUGUUUAUAGACAAUUCGGAGGGCCCUUGCCUCGGCUGUCACGGAUAACGAUGGAAGUAAAAGCAAAUUACAGUGGAGGGUGACUGUGCACCCGCGGGACGCGAGGACGGGCGGAAGAGGCGCUCAGCACGACCGCCGUGAGGCGGCGGCUGAUCGACUGGGUGGCUGAGGUGAGCCACGCACUGAAACAACACUGUCUUCUGUUCAGCACCGCCUGGCCUGCGACUGCCUGCGACCCCGUCCCGACGUACCGGCGGAGUUCUGCACCUGCGUGAUCACUGCGGCCUCUGACGCUGACACGGCACCACCGUCAACUUCUCAGGGACCCAGCAGGCAAAGAACGUGACACAUUGCCCAUUGGCAGAGCUGAUUUAUCCUUCUACGCAACGUCGGCUAGGUCCUUCUGAACUCAUCAAAUCUCAGGGUACACAUUUUGGAAGAAUCGACUCAGAUAUUUCGUUUCCGGUAAAAUGCCCGCCCAGUGCGCCAUUUGCAGUCAAGUGUGCUUCUCGCCUUCAGCGCUAAGGUUGCAUUUAAGGGUCGACUGCGGGGAGCAGCCUUUAGAGUGCACGGUCUGCAGGAAGAUGAUCAGGAAUAGAAGAGACCUCCAAAGGCACCUCCUCACUCACAUCGCAGAGAAGCGUUUUGAGUGCACGGUCUGCAUGAAGAAGUUCAGUCAGGGAAGCCAUCUCAAAAGGCACCUCGUCACCCACACUGGUGAGAGGAGUUUUGAGUGUACGGUUUGUACGAAGAAGUUCAGUCGAGGAAACGAUCUCGAAAGGCACCUCCUCACCCACACCGGAGAGAAACCCUUCGAGUGCACGAUUUGCAGGAAGAAGUUCCGUUCUGGAAAUGAACUCAAGGUGCACCUCCGUACCCACACCGGUGAGAAACCUUUUGAGUGCAUGGUUUGCACCAAGAAGUUCAGUCAACGAAGCACACUCAAAAAGCACCUCCUCACCCACACCGGGGAGAAACCCUUCGAGUGCACGGUCUGCAGGAAGAAGUUCCGUUCUGGAAAUGGACUCAAGGUGCACCUCCGUACCCACACCGGUGAGAAACCUUUUGAGUGCAUGGUUUGCACUAAGAAGUUCAGGCAAAGAGGACAUUUUCAAAGGCACCUGCUCACUCACACAGGAGAGAAGCAUUUCGCGUGCACUGUUUGCGCGAAGAAGUUCAGUCGAGGAGAUGAUCUCAAGUUGCACCUCCUGACUCACACCGGAGAGAAGCGUUUUGAGUGCACGGUCUGCACGAAGAAGUUCAGUCGAGGAAGCCAUCUCAAAGGGCACCACGUCACCCACACUCUGCUGCCUCUUUCGGGGUGCAAUUUGGUAUCAGAAUGAGCCGAAGUAGUUUCGGUUUUGUUUUAAAUUUGCAGCCGAGAGGGUUGAAAAAAUGAUUUGUGUCACUCACAUGAACCAUGCACUUUGUUCAAAAAAUGUGUUUCUUUUGACCAGAGCAAUGCAAUUUUCUUCUUAACUUGACCUGGAUUUUGAAGCCCGGUAAGAUCAUACCAUAAGUAGACUUCAACGAAUCUCUGAACUCUUGUUUUUUAACAUCCGCUGCUUCCUCAAUAAAAAAUAGAAUCGAGUGUG